AAUAAUUCGAUUUAAAAGCGCCAAUUCGGCCGCGACGAUCUGUUUGCACUGAUUUCUGUUUCAGGGAAUCUCCACGUCCUGAAUGAGAGCCUCUUCCCAUGUCUGCCUUUAAGUGAAACUUGUAGAACCGGUAGCCGACAUGGCCAAAAGAACUUCUGCACAACGGGACUUGGAGCCAGCAUUGCAGGAGACCGAGUCGAGUAGUGAAGAGGACGAUGAGGAGGCAUCAGAAUGGGAGUAUAAAGAGGCGACUGAAUCUGAGAGUGAUACAGCAGACAAACCCGAUCUAAAGCGCAGACCUCGAAAAUCUCCCAAGACUGUCGAGCAAGACGCCCCACAGCAACCUGAGCAGAGACCAGGAGAAAUAUUCAUGUCCAGGAAUGGUCAGAUUGAAUGGUCAUCAUCUCCAAAGAUUGCACAACCUCGUUCUCCCACAAAAUUAAAGAUGAAACCUGGGCCCACAAGGAUGGCGGUGAGCCGUGUCCAUGACAUAAGAUCAGCAUUCGAACUAUUUAUCUCGGACUCAAUUCAGCAAGUUGUUCUGAAUAUGACCAACCUUGAGGGAAAACGUAUUACAGGUAAGAAAUGGAAAGAGGUAGAUAACACAGACAUUUUUGCCUAUUAUGGGAUCCUUAUCCUCGCAGGUGUCUACAAAUCAAGAAGUCAGUCAGUUAGCAGUCUUUGGAAUCGUGAGAUGGGAAGACCUAUUUUCAGAGCAUCAAUGUCAUUAGGGAAGUUCCACAUGUUAUCAACUUCUGUCCGAUUUGAUGAGUGGGCAACAACACAUGAGAGACAGCAGAAGGACAAGUUGGCAGAAAUACGAACUGUGUGGGACAAGUGGGUUGAGCAGCUUCCACUUAUGUAUAAUCCAGGAUCCAAUGUGACUGUGGAUGAGCGCCUUGUUGGAUUUAAAGGCCGGUGCCCGUUCAGGCAGUAUAUGCCAUCUAAACCAAAAAAGAACGGCAUAAAAAUCUGGGUUGCAUGUGAUGCUGCUUCCGCCUAUGCAUGGAACAUGCAAAUCUACACAGGGAAGGUAAAGGGUGGAAUCUCGGAGAAAAACCAGGGAACGCGGGUGGUGCUCGACAUGACACAGGGCCUCAGCGGCCACAACAUCACUUGUGACAAUUUUUUCACAUCAUAUAACCUGGGACAAGAACUCCUCAAGCGCAACAUGACUAUGGUUGGCACAGUCAGACGCAUCAAGCCAGAGCUGCCGUCUGAGCUUUUGACUGUGAAGGACAGGGAAGUGACAUCCUCGCAGUUUGCAUUUACAGCCAAUACUACUCUGGUGUCAUACGUACCACGAAAGGGCAAAAAUGUGAUGCUGAUGAGUACACUGCAUCGAGAGGGACAGAUCAGUGACAGGGAAGACAAGAAACCAGAGAUCAUUCUGCGUUAUAAUGCCACAAAAGGAGGGGUAGACACUUUAGACAUGGUCACGGCCCAUUAUAGCUGCAAGAGAAAAACUUUACGGUGGCCCCUUGUGGUCUUUUUUAACAUGCUGGAUAUAUCUGCACACAAUGCUUUCGUGAUCUGGCUGGCAUUAAACCCAAACUGGGAAAAAGGUAGACUCAAUGCAAGACGGAGACUGUUUCUAGACGAGCUGGGAAGGGCACUUGUGUUCCCUCACAUCCAAAGGAGAGAGAUACUUCCAAGGGCUCCAGCAGCUGCAGCCUUCACGAGAAAGAUUCUAGAGAAGGCUGCUGAGACCUCAGGUGCAGGAUGCAACCCUCCCGUGCCUACAGAUGCCACCGGUCGUGUUAAGAGGAAACGUUGCCAGGAGUGUCCCUAUUCAAAUGAUUUGAAGACGCGCAUCGUAUGCAUGUACUGCAAGAAAUAUAUUUGUUCAAAACACACGGUGAGAAAAUGCUUCACAUGUGUGGCAGAUAGGAGUAAAAAACGAAAGAAAUGAGACAAAAUAUUAGACAACCCGUUGUGAAGCAAAUAACGUUGUUUGCCUUGUAGAAACAGUGCAUGUCAAAGUCUAGGAUAUAUUAAGGCUAGUUGAUACUUCACUUUUCAGUGUGUGCUUUCUAAGUUUUUGUUAGUCUAUGUUUCUAAUUGCUAUUAAUGACCAGUUUUUGUAUCGCAAUUCUUUAUUUUUUUUUUAGUGUACUCAAAGAUUUGUGGGAAUACAUUUUUUGCAUAUCUCUACGGCUUUAAAAUCACAGAUAUGACCUGGGUCACAUUAACCCAGGUCAACACUAGCAAAGGAUACAAUAUCUCAGCACAUGCCCAGUUUUAGACUAAGUACAGUCAAACCUCAGAUUGGGAGAAACUGAUGUGUGAGUGUUUUGCAAGACGAGAAAAAAUUUGUUGUAAAUUUUAGAACCCAUAUCUUUUGGGUCACUGAUUAUUAAGUGAAAUAUUUCCUGCAGAGUAAUUAGCACCAAAUGUGUGAGGUUUUAGAGAUGUAGCCCUGUGCUUUUUAGUUUUGUGUAAAUGGACACAGUAACACUUCUACAUUGUUAAUGUUUUAUUUGUAUAUUCCAAAUAAAAGGAAGCCUGUUCAUUGUA